UUCUGCAGCUUUUCUACGCUUUUCUGAUUGGUUGGCACGAUAUAUCCUGUUCUCUCGAUGUCAACGGGAUUAAGUACUGUAUUACUAGAAAAAUGAAAAUGAAGAAUUUUAAAAUAAUUUCGAAGAACUAAAUCAAAAAAUGUGUUUUUUGUGAAGAAAAUAUUCAAGCAGUUAGUGGAAGUUUAACGAUGUUCAAGUAGCUCUUUGAGUCAUGUCAGAGGAACAUGGCGUUGAUUGUGCGGAAAGUGAACCAACUGAGGACAAUGAGUGCAACGAAGCUGGAGAUGUCACAGUCAGUACAGAAGACAAAAACGAAACGGAAGUUAAAGAAAAGACGGGAGAAUGUGCUGAAAGUGAACGAAUUGAGGACAAUGAGUGCAACGAACGAACGAACGCUAAAGACGAGACAGUAGAGAAUGCCAGUGCCAAUGUAACAAGUGCCACAAGUGACAAAGAGAGUCUGAGUAGUGAUGUAGAUGAGAAGCAAGAUGUUUAUGGAGGGAAGAGUAAGAAAGGGACGCUUACGUGGACAGCUGAGGAGUCGAGCAUUCGCGUGGCGUGGGAUUUGGCCGAAGGGACAGCUACUCCGAAAGACUUCGUGGCGCUAUGUUAUGCAGAGACCGCAAGCCUCGCCGGUAUCGCCAGGCUCGUGCCGGCGACCGGAUGCGACACUGGCCAUAUAAUGUGGCUGCUUGAUGAGCCCAAUCAGCCUUAUGAAGACUGUGAACAGCUCCUCUGCUUUCGCUAUUACAAUGGCGAAGAUGAUGAUUGUGUGGCAGAGUCUUCGUCGAUUCCGAAGAGGUUCAAAGUUGUCAAGAAGCUUCCUCUGAAGCUGAAAGAGGGGAUAUCAAGAAAAAGGAGCGGCGAGCAAGUGUCGCCCUUCUCCUACCACAAUGAAAGCUUUGAAAUGAAUUCUGAAAAUACUCCUCGAAUGGAAUUAGUUAGCACGACUCAAGAUAUAAAGCAUCUUAGUGAAAAUGUUAAUAAAUGCUCAAUUAGCGCUUUAGAGUCUAGUGAAAAGUUGAAUCUCGAACAAAUAAAAUGUGAUCCUAGUAAAUCUCUAGUUAGUAAUAGUAAUGAAUCUCAUUCUGUAAAUAGUGAAUCUCAGAGUGUUCUGAACUGCAAACCAACAUCCUCAGGUGUAAAAAAGAAAUGUCCGCCACCUGUUGAUACCGGUAGUUGUCUAGCAUUAAACGGAGUAAAGAAGAAGACUAAUAUAAACAUAGGUUUCGAAUCUCCCACUUCACCCGAUACUGAGUAUUACAAAAUAUGGUCACCACAAAAUCCGUGCAAGAUAAUGAAGUUUGUCUACGAUGUCGAAGGUGCUAAUGUGCCAAACGAUGCUCAAAAAUCACCAGUGCCUCCGUUGCCGCCUAGACAAUCGCAUAAACCUCUAGAAAGAAUGCACGCUUUACCACCUAUUGUUCAAAGGCAUCGAAAGCCAAAAAAACUUUCUAAACCUGAAGAUGCCUUUACCUUCGAGCUGAUAGAUACAGAUGAACAGUUUUUUACAGAUAACAAUAUUGCGAAUUCUGCAACAUUACAGGGAAAUAUUAAUGACUUUAGGCCUGGAGAAUUUUAUUCUGGUGCUCAAGCGCCUAUGUCUUCUACAGCAAGCUUUUUAAGGGGAUGUCAAAAUGUCGCGCCUUUAGCGACACCUGAGACUGACGGCAGCUUAUGUGAAUCGACAGUUUCCUCUAUUAAAUUAUCUAAGUUAACUGAUGAUAAGAAAAAAAGUGAUGUACCUGAUAGCACGCAAAGCGUGAGUAAGAAUAAUAUUAUGUUUAUAAAAGAUAUAGGUCCAGACAAUUAUAUUACGACAACGUUUGCUAGAAAAGAUAAGAACAUUGUUGAAACUUUUCAUUCGACUCCCAAUCAUGCGAAAUCUGAAGAGAAAGCUCAACAUACGUUUCUUAAUGAUAUAAGUAGUCAACAAGACUUCGAAGAUGACAAUAGGAAUCAAGUCGAAGAAAAAGAAAUAACUGUGAUGAAGCCGCAUAAGCCUCUCACGAGGCAAAAUUCAGGUCGGUCUACGCCAACAAUGAUGACGGCUUUUUUAAAUUCAUCCCACAUUGAUGGACCCAGUAGAGAAAUUGUCCCCAGUAGUCCGAACGAGACAAGUUCCUGCAAUUCGUCACAUUCGAAUUCACCGGUAGAUGAAACCAACAAGACACUACCGAGUAUGGGAACAUUGUUAUUAAACCGCAAAUAUUCUUGCGACAGUUCGACACCCAAACAUUCGAGUUUACCUCGGCAUCUUUUAAAAAGUCUCGGUUGUGAAGGGACUCCUAAACACUCUCCACAAAAAUCAAUUGUUUCAAAAGAUACACCUGAUAGUCCAUUGAGGCCGCAUCCUCGGGUGUUGUCUAGAGUGGCAGCAUUGGCCGGGUCGACGGCACCUCAAUGCCCACCGACGCCUACUCACCACGCGCGCAGGCCAAGACCAUUACCACCGGCAGAUUUACAUCCUCCACCUGUCCAAAAUUCAGAAAACUUCGAAAUGGUUGAAUUUACGAAUGAAUUGAGAACAUCGGAGAUCAGAUCUCCGAAUCUCGAGUUCAGCAAUCACUUCACGAUAGUUCACGCCGGUCCGCCCGACGACGUUGUGUUGAGAAGGCCCCACGCUGUUGACGAUUGUGAUGACAACGAAAAUGCUGUAGCUUCACCCACGCCUCUGAGACAUAUGGCAGGCAUAAGAUUACCUUCGAUUCCUGAACGGGCUUCGAGACAGAUGGCUUUGACGGGAGAUUUUCCUGCUAAUAUGAUUGGCGGAAUUAUCGAAUGCGAAGAACCUUUACCUCCAGGUUGGGAAGCACGCAUGGACAGCCACGGGCGCGUGUUCUACAUCGACCACAUCAACAGGACCACGACGUGGCAGCGCCCCGCCGCCAACGGUACCUCCCCCCGCUCGCCCGCGCCUGAAGUGCAGAGGCGACAACUAGAUAGAAGAUACCAGUCAAUCCGGCGCACCAUGACACGCACGCAGCUGGGCGAGGAGGAGCGCGAGGCGAGCUCGUCCCCGCCCCCCGCCGCCGGUUCGUCGCGCUCGCCCGAGGGGCAGGUGCCCGCCGCGCCGCACCCCGCCGCCGACUUCCUCGCGCGCCCCGACUUCUACUCCAUACUGCAUAUGAACUUGGAAGCGUCGUCUUUGUACAACUGCAACUCGACCCUGAAGCACAUGAUAUCCAAGAUACGGCGCGACACGGCCUCCUUCGAGCGCUACCAGCACAACCGCGACCUGGUGGCGCUCGUCAACAUGUUCAGCGAGACUGAGCGGGAACUGCCCCUGGGGUGGGACUCCAAGCUGGACAGAAAUGGAAAGCGUUUCUUUGUGGACCACGUGAUGCGUCGCACGACGUUCAUCGACCCGCGGCUGCCGCGCGCGCCGCAGGCCGGCCCCUUCUCGCCGCUGCUGCCUCCGCGGAGACGGCCCAUAAUGCCCGACCAGGCGCCGACUCCGCCGCCGCGACCGCCGGUGCUAACGUCGGACAUGUAUCCACAUCACAUGCAACACGACAUACCUGUUGCCUAUAAUGAUAAGGUGGUGGCGUUCCUCCGUCAGCCGAACAUCCUGUCGAUACUCAAGGAGCGCUGCGGCGGCUGCGGCGCGACGCUGCGCGACAAGGUGAACGCGGUGCGCGUGGAGGGCGCGUCCGCACUCAUGCGCUACCAGAACGACGUGCAGCUUACGUGCAUGCUGAGUCUGUUCGAGCAGGAGAUCAUGAGCUAUGUGCCGGCGUCUGGAUGCGCCACGGCAGAGCCUUCGCCGGUAGCGUCCCCAGCCGCAGCGAGGAGCACCAGGGCGCCCGCGCCGCAAAGGAGGGACUUCGAGGCUAAACUAAGGGCGUUCUACCGGAAACUGGAGAGCAAGGGUUAUGGACAAGGGCCAGGGAAGUUAAAAUUACACAUACGCCGUGAACAUCUUCUAGAAGACGCGUUCAGAAGGAUAAUGUCGUGUACCAAGAAGGAGCUGCAGAAGGGCAAGCUCUGCGUGCUGUGGGACGGGGAGGAGGGCCUGGACUAUGGCGGGCCCAGCAGAGAGUUCUUCUUCCUCCUCUCGCGGGAACUAUUCAACCCCUACUAUGGACUAUUCGAGUAUUCAGCGAAUGACACAUACACGGUGCACGUGUCACCGAUGUCUGCGUUUGUUGACAACCAUCAUGAGUGGUUCAGAUUCUCGGGUCGCGUGCUGGGGCUGGCGCUGGUGCACGGCUACCUGCUGGAGGCGUGGUUCACGCGCGCCCUGUACCGCGCGCUGCUGCGACUGCCGCCCGCGCUGGAGGACGUGGACGCGCUCGACGCGCAGUUCGCCGCCUCGUUGCGGUGGCUGCAGUCGGCGCGCUGCGUGUCGUCGCUGGAGCUGACGUUCGCCGUAUCGGAGCGGCUGGCGGACGGUCGCGUGCUGGAGCGCGAGCUGAAGGCGGGCGGGCGCGACGUGCCGGUCACCGAGCGCAACAAGAAGGAGUACCUGGAGCGGCUCGUGCGCUGGCGCGUGGAGCGCGGCGUGGCCGAGCAGAGCGAGUGGCUCGUGCGCGGCUUCCACGAGGUGGUGGACCCUCGGCUGGUGGGUGCGUUCGACGCGCGCGAGCUGGAGCUGGUGAUAGCGGGCGCGCCCGAGCUGGACGUGGCGGACUGGCGGAACAACACGGAGUACCGCGGCGGCUACCACGACGCGCACCCCGUCAUACUGUGCUUCUGGCAAGCCAUAGACAGGUUUACAAACGAACAACGCCUUCGUCUCGUCCAGUUCGUGACGGGCACGUCGUCCAUCCCUUACGAAGGCUUCUCGGCGCUGCGAGGGUCGACGGGCCCGCGGCGCUUCUGCAUAGAGCGCUGGGGGCGGAUCGAGUCCCUUCCACGAGCCCACACCUGCUUCAACAGACUCGACCUGCCUCCCUACCCAACGCCGCAGCUGUUGCAUGAAAAACUGCUGCUGGCUGUCGAAGAAACCAACACCUUCGGAAUUGAAUAAAGAAAAAUAGCAUGAAGCAUGGGGGUAUCCAGGAUUGUAUCUAGGGGGGGGCAUCUAUGCUUAACACGCUUGGUGUGGUACGAGGUCAAUUGACCUCGUAUGACUAGCGUGCUCAAGAGUUACGAGGUCGAUGGACCUCGUACCGCACUACAUAGCUUUAGUAUGAGUUCAAAGAACCUCGUACCGCACUAGAGGAAAGUACAGAAAAAUCAGUGUCGCAGCGAAAGUGUUAAAUCGAGUAUCUCGUCAAUUGAUACUGUCUGACAACACCAGUUUUUCCGGUCAAAACCGAAUGUCAGUUUUCAGCUGAAACGAUAACCGACCGCUCUGCUAGGGGGGGGGGAGGUUGCCCCCCCCCCCCCUGCCCGUACCUCGCUACGCCCAUGACAUGAAGACAACUAGUGUUAUGUUCACCUUACUGAGGACUCUGUGUCUAUAUUUAGUUUGUCGUUAAAUCCUUACCAAAUGAUAGCUAGCUGCUAUAAAGAAACAAUCAGUUCAAUGUUGAUGUACUGUUUAUGAUUGUAAUCCCAUUAGCGGCUGUAAAUUAUGAGUAUUAUAUAUCAUGUAUCAUGUAAAUAAUAGUCAAUUGAUUGUAUAGUUGAGGGACUGAACAAAGAUAGUGUAUCUGUUCUGUGUGUUGUAGUGUAGGUGUAGGGUUGCCAACCGUACUAUAAUAUACAGUAUUGUACUAUAUUUUGGGUUGGCGUACUAUAUACUGUUGAAGAAGUAUAUAGUAAAUACUAUAUUUUGAACACUGAAAUCUAACAAACAAAAUUUUCAUUUUAAAACUUUAUGAACAUUAGUUUUUGACAGAUGCAAUAGCAUCUAGCCUGACCGAACUUGUGUAUGUCACCGAGUUCCAAACAUUAAAUGAACCAAUUAGGAAAAAAAUUGCUUUUGGUUUUCAAAAAUUAAAAAAAAUACCAAAUGCGAAAAAGCUUGAUACACUCUUAUUAUUAUUACCAAACUGCAAGGGUUAUUUCAGACAAAUAAAUCUUGAAAAAUGCAACAAGAGUGAAUAAAUAUUGUUUUUUUUUUAAAUAAACGUCGAUAUUUGGCUUAUUCUCUAUAAUACUAUAUUUUUUAUAGCUAAAUCUUACAAAAUACUGUAUUUUUUUCUGAAAAAAAGUUGGCAGCCCUAGUUAUAGUGUAGGUGUGCCGGAACAUGUACAAUACAGUUAGCCACGUAUCUAUUUGAGGUUUGUACUUUGUAAACGCUUUUAUUGUAAGUGAAGUAUAUUGUGGCUGUGAAUCGGGGCUCAAGUCCCAUAUUUAGUUAUUACGCUUUUAUUGUCACUAAUUUAUAAUUUGUAAUUUAAUUUUAAAUCAUAAAGAUUUCGAGGAUUGUAUCACUUGGAAUUUUGUUUAAUCGCUCGAAAAGAUCAGUAUUUUGUUGUUUUUUUUUUUUGUUUAAUAAAUUAUGAUUUAAACACAUAGAAGUGAUUACCUCUUAACACUCUUUAUUGGCUAUAACAGAGAAGCUAUUAAAAUUUAUGAACAGCACUUCCUAGUCAGCUAAUAUAAAUAUUUAUGCUUAAAAUAAAAAUAAUUGCAACAGAAAUCAUAAUAUUGCUUGAUCAUCCCUGUAGUUACACUUACCUAUUUAUGUAAUUAAUAUAAUAAUUGACAUGUGGAUCUUGUUGUUUUGCUAAUCUAAAAUUGAUGUUCCUCUGUUUAAUUAAUAAGAAAUUAAAUGAUUCAAACGAUAUGGUGAUGUUUCAAAGUUUACUGUAAAACAACAGGCAUUGUCACAUAUUUAAUGAAAAUAGAACAAUUUGUUUGGACUCCCUAUGUAAAUACAUUAUUUAUUUAUUGUGUUUAUGUAAAUUACACUCAAGUGUAGGUUCAUGUUUAUUUUUGUAAGUAAUAUAGUUCUAUUAUGUUGGAUAUUUAACUACUAUUGAAUAUUGUUUUAUUAUGAGUAAAUUCUAAGUAACUUGUUUUGUGUGAAAGUGAUAAAAUGUGUCAAUAUACAAUAUUACUUACAUAA